AUGCAGUCCAAGACUGCAUUCCUAGUAUGCAUGGUACACGAUGCUGAUUGCAGGGGUGGCACUAAUGUUUGUGGAGAAGAGGAGGAGGGCGACGAGGAUGGACAGGCAUUCCUCCGCCCGCUUACCGAACCUGAAAUUGAUGAGUUCAAGAGCAUGAUCGACUCAGAUCACAUAUGCUCUCAGCUUGUGGAGAGCAUUGCACCCACCAUAUACGGUCAUGAAAUUGUCAAAAAAGGACCCCUGCAGCUUAUGGGUGGCGUUCACAAGCAAACAGCCGAGGGCAUGCACCUCCAUGGGGACAUCAACAUCUGCAUUUGCAUUUCAACUGAUGUCUAUACAUCCAGCAAAGCCUCAUCUACAGAAGGUCUGACAGCUGCCAUCGUCAAAGACGAAGAGACUGGUGACUUUAUGAUUGAAGCUGGUGUGCUCAUGCUUGUGGACAAUGGCAUUUGCGCCAUUGAUGAAUUCGACAAGAUGGACAUUGCCGACCAAGUUGCUAUUCACGAGGCGAUGGAACAACAGACAAUCUCCAUUGCGAAGGCAGGCAUCCAUGCGACCCUCAACGCUCGCACGACCAACGUCGCGAUGAGCGCCCCGAUUAUGAGCAGGUUUGAUAUGUUCUUUGUUGUACUCGAUGAGUGCAAUGAGAAGAUGGACUUGAACAUCGCUAAGCAUAUUAUAAAUGUGCAUCGGUUCCUGGAUGAAGCUAUUAACCCGCAGUUCAGUACGGAGGCUCUGCAGCGGUACAUCCGGUAUGCCAGGACGUUCAACCCCAAGCUAACUCCAGAGGCUGCCGAUAUCCUUGUAGAGAAGUACUGCAUCCUUCAACAGGAUAACGCAACAGGAGCAGGGAUGUCAUUCCUACAGGAUCACCCCAUCGCCCAUGCCAACUGCACAGCAGAAAUCACGCCAGUCUUCGUGCGAGAAGCAUACACUCUUCUGCGCCAGGGUAUUAUACAUGUCGAACAAGAUGAUAUCAAUUUUGAUGAGGAAGAAUUAGAGGGCAAGCGCGAGGCGUGGAAUGUUCCUGCCAAUGAGACCUCGGAUGCAAUUGAAGAGUCUAUCUCAUUGAGAGUAAAUCCACUGAGUACAUUUCACACGUCGCUAUUCCAAAUUAUUAUCAUAUGCAGUGUGGAGUCAUCAAGCUACCGUGACUGUACCAAUGGCAUCGACAACAUCUGUGCAGGCUCGCCAGAGGUGAAGAAUUGCCCAGUUGGAGGAGAAGCUAGAGGCUCUCGAGUCGGGACGUGUGGUCAAAGAAAGGCAAGCAAACCAUUACACGGCUCAGGGAAGGGCGAUCAGCUGAUGAUGAAGACCAUACUGUCAAGUAAAAUUUUCAACUUUCAAGCCAGUUUGAAGGGUUCGGACAUGGAGUACGAUGAGUACUUGUACAUGUUAAAAAUGCUUCAGCAGGGGGCUGACAGUGCUCGAGGUGAUGAUACCUCAAAGCUCAAGGCCCUUGUUGCUGAAUGGGUUAAUCGGGAAUUCAAGCCCGAUUCCCCAGUCGAUUCCAAUGACAAACAUACCCGUGGAUUCUCCAACGAUGCAUGCGGCAGGCUACUCUGCCCUGCCGAACUGGAUUGGAAUAACCCAGUCCAAGUACCAGUGCCCUUGGAAUCCUGA